UCAUUCUCGGAGGGUGUAUAAGAGACUUUUAUUAUGUAAAAGAAGGAAGCGGUGUUUGGGCGGUCACCGUAAAAAAAAAAAAAAAAAUCCUGGACGUUAGUUGCUCUUUUUCUCUCUGUUUAUAGUCCGCUGCGGUUGCGUUUAAACAUCUUUGAUAGCUGAGUGCAACAAUGCAGACAAUUAAAUGCGUAGUUGUUGGUGAUGGUGCAGUGGGUAAAACCUGCCUCUUGAUUUCAUACACCACAAACAAGUUCCCUUCAGAGUAUGUACCCACAGUGUUCGAUAACUAUGCUGUAACUGUAAUGAUCGGUGGUGAACCUUACACUCUUGGACUAUUUGACACUGCAGGUCAGGAAGAUUAUGAUCGGUUGAGACCCCUGAGCUAUCCCCAAACUGAUGUCUUCUUAGUUUGUUUCUCUGUAGUUUCACCAUCAUCCUUUGAAAAUGUCAAGGAAAAAUGGGUGCCUGAGAUUACCCAUCACUGUCCAAAGACCCCGUUCCUGUUGGUCGGGACUCAGAUUGACUUACGAGACGAUCCCUCAACCAUCGAGAAGCUUGCCAAGAACAAGCAGAAGCCUAUUACUCCAGAGACAGCCGAGAAACUCGCUAAGGAUUUAAAAGCAGUGAAAUACGUGGAAUGUUCAGCUUUAACACAAAAAGGACUAAAGAAUGUGUUCGACGAGGCCAUACUCGCUGCACUGGAGCCCCCAGAGCCCAAGAAGAAGCCUAAAUGUGUUCUUUUAUGAGUUCAACCUUGCCAUAAGUCCUUUCAGGCAGAAACCAUCUGACUUCUCCAUCUACACUUGAAUCAGUUCUGGUUCCAGUUCAGGAAAGGACUAACUAUAGCAACUGUUAUGCUUUUUUUUCUUUUCUUUUUUUUUUCUUUCCUUAUUUUGCCUUGAAUCAUUAUGCCAUCAGAAUUAAGCAAAAUGAAUAGAAUAAGCGUAAGGUCACAAAGGUUAUCUUAAUUUGUAUUAUAUUUCAUUAGCUUAUUCUUCUCAGAUAGGAGUAACAAGACAAGACCUUAAGGCUAAAGAAGACAUUUUAAAUUCAGUUAUUUAUUCGUGUUCAAUAUUGUGACGACUGUUUCAGUAUCAGUGAAAUAGAAAAAACACACAAUCGAAUGAAAUCAGCUGUUGAAAUGGUGUUAUUUUGUACAAAUCAACAAGUUAUUUAGGCUUUCUUAGAUCGUCAGAAAAAACCAGAACAGUGUUAUCGUUUAGAAUGACCUUUAGAGGCAGAACUGAUCUCUCGGAGCGUCGGCUCUCGGACCGCCUGAUCCUAAAAAGUUACGAAUGCAAGCAACUUGGAGAACCAAAGCUCAUUCUGUUUCUAAAAAUGCACUCACUUUCGAUAUCAAUUAAUGAAUCGAGCCACCGAUACGGUUUUGUUCGCUUUCCUUCAGUCUCGUCGAAAUUUGUUCAAAAAUAACCGGACAGUCUUGUAUGACAUGCGACUCAAAAUUUUUUCAUUCCAAGAAAAAAAAACAAAAACAA